AUGUCUGCUCCUCUCCGUAUCCGGCCCUGGCGGGUAAUUGAGACCCUCCAAAAUGCGACACAGCUUUCGCGCUCCUCAAGAGCCCCCAAUCCAAGAACCAGCCAGCUCUCCAGCCCAAUGACCAAAAGAGCUAUCAGCUACACGACCAAGAACCAGAACAACCAACCCACCGCCAAACCCCCACCCUCAUCCUCGUCCUCUACCGCAAAGCCCACCCCCUCAGCUUCAACACCUAUCCCAACCGGCGUCCCCGCAUCCCGCGUCCCAGGCUCAACCCCCAGUCGCGCAACAACCGAAAACAUCUCCAAAAGCGGCCUAUCAGACAAACCCCUCGAGCUCGAGCGCCCAACGGAAGAUAGAAUCGACUGGACGCGCUCCUUCCACGGCUUGUCUGCCGAGCCAUUCCCCAAAGAAGCGGCCGAUAUCCUGCUCGCGGAGACGGAGCCCGACGAGGUCGAGAUCAAGCCCGAUGGAAUCCUCUACCUACCGGAGAUCAAAUACCGACGGAUUCUCAACCGCGCUUUCGGGCCUGGUGGGUGGGGUCUCGUGCCGCGGAGCGAGAGUAUCGUUACGCCGAAGACGGUGACGAGGGAGUAUGCUCUUGUUUGUAAUGGACGUCUCGUCUCCGUCGCCCGCGGCGAACAGGACUAUUUCUCCCCAGACGGCAUCCCCACCGCUACAGAAGGAUGUCGGUCGAACGCGCUCGUGCGCUGUUGCAAGGAUCUAGGCAUUGCGAGUGAACUUUGGGACCCGCGCUGGAUCCGCAAGUACAAGGCUAAGUACACGCGCGAGGUAUUUGUUGAGCAUGUAGUUAAUAAGAGGAAGACUAAGAUCUGGACGCGGAAGGAUGAUCCUGUUGGAUAUCCGUGGAAGGAGAGUGGUGCUAAAUAG